AACAAGAAGUAAAUGGAGGUGAGCGUUACGUUUAUUUCUUUACAUCCUUGAAUACAUCUGUGGAACAAGUGAAGUUUCUGGAAAUGCUGGUCCUUGUGGUGUAACGUCACCAAUGUCACUUCCUGUCCAAUGAGGAAGCUGAAGGGUUUGAAUCAGCUUCACCUGCUUUGGUUCUGAACACACUGACAGCAGGUGCAACCAAGGCCACGCCCACUAGGGAACUGAGGUUUCACAGGUGGAAGACACAGAUGAGUUCUGUCCUGGUCUUCACAAAACCUCUCUCUACAUUCUGGACAUCUGGAAACAUUUUAUUUUACAAGUCUCCCUGACUCUCCUGGUGGCAGGGUGAAAAACUGCAACAGACACGGGCUUCACAGUCACUGUAAGAUGGUGGAACUCCAGGUCAGUUGUUGGACGACGAGACGAGGAAGUGAGAAGAUCAUUAGACUAACACCAGCCGACCAGGAGACCCUGACGACCAAGUGUGAGAAGGUUCUCACCAGCAUCCAACGUUAUGGCCAAACAGUACGAUGUCCUCUUCCGACUCCUGCUCCUCGGAGACUCCGGGGUUGGAAAAACAUGCUUGUUAUGCAGAUUCACCGACAACGAGUUCCAUCCUUCCCACAUCUCCACCAUCGGCGUGGACUUCAAGAUGAAAACACUGGUCAUCGAUGGUAUCAAAGUACGGACACAGAUAUGGGACACUGCAGGCCAGGAAAGGUACCAGACCAUCACCAAACAGUACUACAGACGAGCACAGGGAAUCUUUCUGGUCUACGACAUCACCAGUGAGAGAUCCUUCCAGCACAUCAUGAAAUGGGCCAGCGACGUGGACGAGUACGCCCCUGAAAAGGUGCAGAAAAUCUUGGUUGGGAACAAGUCGGACGAAGUGGACAAGAGGCAGGUGGCCACAGAGCAGGGAGUCAAGUUGGCUAAGGCUUAUGGGAUGGACUUUUUCGAGACAAGUGCCUUCACCAACCACAACAUAACAGAGUCUUUCACGAGAUUGGCAGAACAGGUUCUGGCGGCCAACAGAAAGGACCUGGAUCUUCUGCGGAUGUCUGUGAACGAUGAGCUUGACCUCAGCGCUCUGGAGGAGGAGGAAGGACUUUGUGACAGAAUGAGGGAUGACCAGCAGAAAGGCUGCUGGUGUUAGAGUGACAGCAGGCCUGAGGUUUUCUUGGUCGGUUUAUGUCAUCAAUGCUACAAACUUUGGAGAACAAACAGUAAAAAAAAACUCUGUCAUAGUUUAAGGAAAUGACAAUAUAGUUAUGAAGUGAUGACGAACAAAACUGAUAGUCUGGACUUUUUGAGGUUUCUCACAGUGGCUCGGAGUGUUUACUGUAAGAGUAUGAGCUGCCCUGCCACAGUGUUGCCCCACAGCUAAAUUAAACUAAUCACAUGGUAUUAUUUAACAAUAGUAUGGACAGUUAUGGUGAGUGUCUAAGAGAAGCUGCAGACAGAACCCCUCCUGGUUCCAUCUCUGCACCAACACCAUCCAAUGUACAAAUCCUACCUGGACGGGUUUCUUCUUCUGGAGGUUCUGGCUCCUCUGGAACAGAGGCUGACGUUCCACCACUAUCCUCCAACUGCGUUCUGUUCAAGCAGACACCUUUAAUGUCUGGACUGUCGUCUUGACACAGCAUGUUGAUUGUGUUGUUGGGGGUUUUUUUCAUAACAUUGAUGUGAAUCCUUCAAAAUAAUUGAAUCUUUAAUGAUUUUCUACAGUACGAGUUGUUGGUUGGCACUAAUAUCUCUGUCAACAUCGUGAUGUUCUUCAGAGAUGUUCUCUUCCAGGUCAUUGCACCAUUAGAGGGUUGGAAACAACAACGCUUCUUGAGUUUUCAGCUCGGGUUUCCAGCUGUAGAGAUGAUAUUGACAGGUUUGGAAAAAGCUUAAAAAGUCCAGGUUGGGAUUUCCAAUGCGGAUCAGUCAUAAAAAAGGUGAAGGAGGAUGUUUGAAGGACAGUGGAGAAGACGGGUCUAGCAGAAGAUGUAGUAUGUUUAGGUUAGGUUCUUUAACUUGAAAACAGAGGCACUGCCGUCUCUGGAUGACAGCAUCCAGCCUUCAUCCACACCUCCAGUGUUUCCCUCAAUGUGCACAACAGUAUUAGCACCCGCUGCCUUUUUAACUAAUUGAAUACAAUAACUGUAAUUUACGAGAUCGCCGCAAGAGGGAGCCAGAUUAAUUCCAGAAACGGUUCAUACUGGAUCUGGAUGUAUGAUCUCGUCUGUAUGAUUGUGCAGCAGCUGCUCUUAUUGGAUGAGAAGAUUAUUUUAAACAUAUGCAGCAUUUUAACUUUUGUUACAUUAAUAUUUGAAUGCAGGUUUUGAAGAGUCCACAGGGGGCGUUGUGCAGCUUGAGUCAUCGACUCAUUAAGACAGUGUAUAAGGCUGAGAAGAGCCCUGUAGCAAAACAGUAAGAUUUUUUUUUUAUUUGCUAAUCUUUGUCUUAGGUUAAAGACAUUCAAUGGUUUGGUGACUGUACUAUUCCUUUAUUGUUGUACAUAAUGGAUUCAAAGCAGCAUUUUAAUUUGAAGGCUACUUAAUUAAAGGUACAGUAGUUUGUUGACGUCUAUGGUCAGCUUUGGGGGGUUUUCUGCAAAACAAAAUGUGAAAAAAUGAACUGUUUUUCUACAGUUUACAGUGCUUAUAUACUUUAUUAUAAAUAAUAUUAAAACACCUCAGAUAAUUACACAAAGUAAAAACAAAACAGGUGGUUCAAACAACGGUUUUCCCGGCAGAAGGCAGUAAGUCCACAACAAUAUAAUGUCGUCGGUGGUAUGAUUUGGGUCACGUUAUGCAUGAGAUGAUUUUAAUUUUGUUUUACUGUAACUUCAGUGAAGUUAAUAAAACACACGACAUUGACCAGAGCUAACAGCACAUCAGUAUCACACACGGUCACGGAGUUAGCCAAACAUUUGGACCUUUUCUUAAUGGAUCCCACAUUUGUGGACUGGGCUGCUCUGUGGUUUUUGUUCUACUUUAGAACAUUUGUUGAUGUGUUGUGGACUGGAUCUG